AUGACGGGGCCUCACUGGACAAGAUUCAACCAGCCGGGUCUCUGCGAGGGGCGGUCACCGCUACUUCUAGCUCAUCAGAUGGCUGCAUUGCCUUUUUUCGAGUCUGAAUGGGGGCGGGUCCCGAAACGCUAUGGUGAUGCCUGUAACUUCAUGCAGAGACUGUCGGCAGAAUAUUCUUUGAACCUCUUCAAUGGGAAAGCUUGCAAGAUCGAUGCAAGGCAAAGCAACUUCUACCUGUGGAUAUCGCGCAUACCCCCGGACUGCCACAAGAUUCCUUCGCUUGACGACAGCUGUGGGAAGAAUCGCGGCGUCGCAAACGGCCUCGAGCUUGCAAGCGAACUGUCGAAGCGUUACGCAGACACUACCAUUCUAUAUGUGAACACGGGAACCAUUCCCUACCUCGACCAAGUGUUCCUGAUACGCGCGGCGAGCACCAUCAUUGCAGCGCACGGCGGCGGCUUGUGGAAUGCGGCGCGCUGGCUGAACGAGGCGCUGCACCAGCGAAUCGUGGAGAUCAUGCCGAUAGGCGGGCCCUCCGAGAGCUGUUCUCUCACCAAGAUGUUUGGCUGCCGCUACAACUUCGUCACGUGCUACGACUGCAUAACUCCAAGGAAUGGCCGCCUGCCCUUCGAGAAGCUGUUGAAGGCUGUUGAGGCAACUGAGGGCAUCCACUGCAACGGGGUCUGA